AUGAAGACACUCCCUAUAACUCCCGUUGCAGCGCUUCUCAAUGCCCAAACGGUCAUAGACCUCAAUCCUUCCUCUUACCGUGGAUACCGGUUGAAGCAUGCAGCCCUUCAUGGUGCAGAACGCUAUGACGAAGCCAUCGCGACCUUCGAAAUAAUGCUCUCCAGUUUAGACAAUGAUCCCGACACGCAAAUACGAAAUUUGCGCCAGCAUUAUCUCAGUACAUCCGAAGCAGAGGAUGCUAUUCGAAUGGCCAUUGAUGCUCAACUCGACAACGCUCCACUUCGUCUCUUCGACACCACUACCGGGCUCUUGUGCGAUCAAGGGGAGCAAAUAAGCAUAUUCAAAACGAGCGCCGAGUACAAGAAGCUUCUGUCAUCCCCAAUGAAGCAUCUACCGUUCAGAAUGGAACUGAUCCAAGAAGUGGUGGUGACAUACUUCGGUUGUGUCAUGCUAUCACAUAGGUGGGAAGGGAAGGAGCCUCUCCUGCACGACAUCCAGGACAGGGUGAUUUACGAGUUGAAUCCAAUUGGCGGCAUCCUGAAGUUGCAAUCAUUCUGCAAGAUUUCUCGUGAGGCAGGGUACCGUUGGGCGUGGAGCGACACAUGCUGCAUCGACAAGAAUAACAAUGUUGAGCUCCAACAAUCACUCAACUCCAUGUUCGCAUGGUAUAGGUACUCGGCGCUUACCAUCGUUUACCUGGCAGAUAUUACUCUUUCAUCUAAGUCUGGCGCCCUGGCAACGAGUGAGUGGAAUAGGCGCGGAUGGACAGUCGGAGAAUUCCUGGCUCCCAAAGUUGUUCUCUUUUAUCAGAAGGAUUGGUCCCGAUAUCUCAAUGAUCGCUCUCCCAACCACAAGGAGUCUGUUGUGAUCAUGCAGGAGUUGGGACGUGCCACGGGAAUAGAUCAACAGGCCCUUGUCUCCUUCUCUCCAGGGAUGUCGCAUCCCCGAGAGAAGCUCCAAUGGGCGUCGACGCGUGUCACCACAUUGCAGGAAGAUAUUGCAUAUUCAUUGUUCGGCAUCUUCGGGAUCAACCUACCUGUCAUCUACGGCGAGAAGAAGCACAACGCGCUCAGGCGGCUCUUGCAGGAAAUCAUUGCUCAAUCGGGUGACAUUACUGCCCUGGAUUGGGUCGGAAAAUCAUCUUUGUUCAAUACCUGUCUGCCAGCCGACAUCAUUCCACCCGAAGAUGAGAUGCAAAAAUCUAUCUCCUUCCUGCGAGAUGCAGUGACCGUGCAGUUGGCUUCAGAAUUUUACACCCUGCUUGACAAGCCGAGCCUCCCUCGUUUCGCAAACCGCAGACUGCAUCUGCCUUGCAUCGCAUUCAACAUCACAGCAGUCAGAUGGAGGCGUGACCUAGGCAAAGAGACAUCUUUCACGUAUGCAAUCAAGGCAGACGGACUUCAUGACCUCCUAAUCACCACGGAAGACAAGCCGAAUCAGUUCUCGCGGGCGAUGGACACUCGACAGACAUUGUUGCUUGUCCGUCCGUGGAGCCGUUAUUUCCUUGAGCUCCCUCACUCCGCAGACGAUAUGCAGAGCGUGGCAAAUUGGUCCGCAGUCGGGUCUUCGGUGUACAAAUUGCCCAGGGGCUCUCGAUCGCGAUCGUCUUGAUUUAUUCCUCGCCUUGGACAGCCUUUCGGCUCAUUUUUCGAUGCGCUUCGCGGGUUACCUGUAGAAAAUGGGCCAUUAUAUUCGGAGUCUUACUUGCAAGCAUUGCGAUUGAUUGUGCGCCUUGGACAACCGUUCAGCGCACUUCUGCUCGCGCAGCAGCCCGGUGGAGAAUACAAGAGAAUCGCGUCAGACAGACAGAUCAUUGCACAGGUCGAAGAUACAGCCUCUGUUCGCAGUAUGAUGGAUUUAAGGACACUGGAGAUAUUGUAGGUUCCUAUAUGCAUUGUCAUGAGGAGUCAUUCGCACCUGUACGAUACCUGUAUAGACAAAUACGUACCCGGAUCGUACGACUCACAACACAGUCAGACCAUCUAAAGUACCUGAGUACACAUAUCAUAAUGCAGUUUGUUUAUUUGUUCGGC